AUGUCGAUCUCAAAUGAGGCGCUGCAGAAGCUGCUGCGGGAGAUUGAGACAAACCACGUCAAGUCACAGCAAGAGAUCAGCCUUGCACGCUCACAGUUGGCAUCAAAGCAGCGCGAGAAGCGUCUCGCCCAGCUGACCAGCACCGAGCUCUCAUCGCUCGCACCUGGGACUCCUCUGUAUGAGGGAGUUGGCAAGAUGUUCGUGGCGGUACCAGCCCCUGAGAUGAAGGACAAGCUGGAGUCGCAGAUGAAGCAAGUCGACACCGACAUUGAUGGCCUCAGUAAGAGGCUCCACUAUCUGGAGACAACGGCGAAGAAUAGCCAGGAACACAUCGAGGCAAUGCUAAGGCGAGGUGGUGCCGGCGGCUCCUGA